GCCACAUUGCGCAAGCGUACACCACGUACACCGAUAAUCAAAGCUGUCUUUGCUGGAUGCUAGCUAGCUAGCUAUUGGCUAGCUAACGGUCUGUCAAGUCGCACACAUUGGGCUAGAAGGGGGUAGCGCAGCGGUGGAGAAGAAGGGCGACCCAAGCGCCGCUACGAAAUGGCCGGGCAACAGUUCCAGUACGAUGACAGCGGCAACACCUUUUUCUAUUUCCUAACGUCCUUCGUCGGACUUAUUGUGAUCCCAGCAACAUAUUACCUCUGGCCCAGGGAUCAGAAUGCUGAACAUCUACGUCUGAAGAGCCUGAGGAGGGUACAUGGCAGGUGCCUGUGGUACCGGCUCAGGCUGAUGAAGUCACAGCAGAGCUUUGUCCCAACACUAAAAAAAGCAGCGUUGUUAUUUGGCUGGGCUGUGUUCCUGCUGCUAGCCUACAAGGUGUCCAAGCUGGACAGGGAGUACCAGGAGUAUAAUCCAUAUGAAGUCCUCAACUUGGACCCGGGUGCAUCGCUGUCAGAAAUAAAGAAGCAAUACCGUGUACUAUCACUCAAGUACCAUCCUGACAAAGGUGGUAAUGAGGCCACAUUCAUGAGAAUUGCCAAAGCCUAUGCUGCUUUAACCAAUGAGCAGUCACGACAGAACUGGGAAAUAUAUGGUAACCCAGAUGGUCCAGGAGCAACCAGCUUUGGUAUUGCCCUGCCUGCCUGGAUUGUUGACCAGAAGAAUUCAAUGCUGGUGCUGUUGGUAUAUGGACUAGCCUUCAUGGUCAUCCUUCCUGUUGUUGUGGGCACAUGGUGGUACCGCUCCAUCCGAUACAGCGGAGACCAGAUCCUCAUCAACACCACCCAGCUCUUCAUGCAUUUCAUGUACAAGACUCCCAACAUGAACAUGAAGCGGUUAGCCAUGGUGUUGACAGCCGCAUUUGAGUUUGACCCUCGCAGCAAUAAAGAAGCCACCAUACGACCAACAGACAACAUUGAAGUGCCACAGUUGAUUCGGGAGUUGGGAAAUAUCAAUGUAAAGAAGAAGGAGCCUCCAUUCUGCUAUCCUUACAGUUUGAAGGCCAGGGUCUUAGUGCUCGCUCAUCUGGCACGCAUGGAGGUAUCAGAGGAGUUGGAGGAAGAUCAGAGAUUUGUGGUAAGGAAGAGUCCAGCUCUCCUCCAGGAGAUGAUCAAUGUGGGCUGUCAGCUUACCAUGAUGGCCAACAGCAGAGGAGGUUUCCAUGCUCCUCGGCUGGUAACCAUAGAGAAUUGUAUGAAGCUGACCCAAAUGAUAGUGCAGGGUCUGCAGGAGUCAAAGUCCCCCCUGUUGCAGCUGCCCCACUUUGAGGAGGAGCACCUCCGCUACUGUAUCUCUAAGAAGUAUAAAGUCCGGAGCCUGCAGGACCUGGUGAGUCUCAAGGACUCGGACAGACGCAGCAUGCUGCGUUUCUUGGGGGAGGAGAAGUACGACGAGGUCCUGUCUGUGCUCGGCAGCUUCCCUCACAUCACCAUGGACACCAUACUGCAGGUCCUUGAUGAUGAAGACAGCAAUAACAUCACAGCCGGCUCUAUUGUCACAGUAACUGUCAUCUUAACCAGAAAACGGAUGGCGGAGGUGUUUGAAAAGGAGCAAGAGUCAUCACCAUGUCUAACAGAAGAGGCUGCCACUACAGAGGAAACACAGGGAGACUCAAGUAAAACCAAAACAAAAGUGUGGCAGAACAAGAGUAAAGGGGCAAAGAAGACAGCCAAGUCCAAGAAGAAAAAAUUAACCAAGAAGAAGGCCCCUCCUGCACCCGCCAAAACCAAACAGGCAAAUGGCAACGUGGCAGAAAAUGAAGUCGUAGCAGCAGCAGCAGCAGCCACGGCCACAGCAGCAGUUGUGAAGGAGGACGAGGACGAGCUCUCAGACAAGGGCAGCGAGUCGGACGAGGGCGAAGCCAACAAGGACUCUCCCAGCGAGAGAGACGAAGACAGCGACAAACAAAGCGACACAGAGGUGGACGAGAUAGCUGGCGACGAUGAAGAGGAGUGGGAGGCGUUGCAACAAAGCAUCCAGCGGCGAGAGCGGGCCCUGCUGGAGACCAAGUCCAAGGUGACGCACCCCGUCUACAGCCUCUACUUCCCUGAGGAGAAGCAGGAGUGGUGGUGGCUCUACAUCGCCGAUCGCAGAGAUCAGACCCUGGUCUCCAUGCCCUACCACGUCUGCACACUAAAAGACACAGAGGAGGUGGAGCUGAAGUUUCCAGCCCCCUCCAAAACAGGAAAUUACCAAUAUUCUGUCAUCCUUCGUUCUGAUUCCUACCUGGGACUGGACCAGAUCAAACCACUCAAGCUGGAGGUCCACGAGGCCAAAGCCAUGCUGGACAACCACCCACAGUGGGACAUCCCUGACACGGAGGAGGAGGACGAGGAGCAGGAGGACAGCGACGGUAUCGAGGAGAGCGAAGACGAUGAUGAGGACAACGACUGAAUGCACACACACACACACACACACAAUUAGCCCCACCCAAGAGCAGGGAACGAGGAGCAGCAAAGCUGUGCCCGCAAAACACACACACACACACACACACACACACACCAAACACACGCAGAAUUACUGGGGACAAUUUAUACACACAGAUCCCUCCUUCUUCUCCUUCUUUUUAUCUUUUCAUGGACUGCGACCCCCUCCCCUCCAUUGCCCCUUUUCUACAGAGACUUGUUCAUUUACUUUCCGUUGCUGGCGGAAGAGAAUUCUGUGAAUACUUGUGUGUGCGUGUGUGCGUGUGCGUGCGUGCGUUUGUGUGUGUCUGUGUGUGCGCGUGCGUGUGUGUGUGUGUGUGUAAACUUGUAUGUGUUUGUACAGGUAUGAAAGAUUGACACACUGUGGACUUAAGGACCUAUUAUCUGGGCUCUUUUCUUGAGGGGGAGAGGGGGAUGUAGAACAGCAAAUUCCGUUUGCAAAAUUUACAAAACUACAUGACCUCCAUAUGGAAAUCAUGACACCGCUCUCGCUCCUAAUUUAAAAAAAAUCAUUCUGCACUGAUGUUUUCCACGCAAAUGAUACUUUCUAUUGUACACUUAGAACUGCAGAAGAGUGAGCCGUAGCCCUUUUCGUCGCAGAUAAUGUCAACCAUUGGGACGUUUGCUCCUUUCAGCGCAUGGGGGCGCAGUUGAGUCUCUUCACAUUUUGUUCUUCUUUUUUCGCUGUCAAAACCAGCCAGUCGCUUGUACGUAAUUAUACUCGCUGUAUGUUUAAGGAGAUGUCUACAGAUAGACACUGAUCUCCAGUCAGUUCUGUUAAUGACGCCUGUUCUGCCCCUGAGAUCCACGCCAAACUGUUUGUAAAGGUUGAAAGCAGGUGGAUCUUGAAAAUGAAUUAACCUCAAGUAUAAUGGGGGAAAAUGGCAGAACGUGCAGUGUUAAGAUUUGUUUGAAUUAUUGAGUACUCUUCUUGUCCAUAUACUACAUUCAGGUUGUAAGUUUUCAGUCAUUUUAAGGGGCUCAGAUACUGAUACAUACUUGUGGCUUUCCAGUGAAGUGACUCCCUUUCUCUUCAUCCUUUUUUCCUUUUACUAUUGUAGCACAUUCCAGUGUAAACUCAUUGUCCAAAAAGGCCUUAUGAAUACAACUGAAAUACCACAACAUACAAGUCCUUGGGUGCUAUGCGCCAGUGGUUCUUCGGAAAGCAGAAGAAAAGACAAAAAAUCGAUUGUUUUUGUAAGUGUUUUUCUUUUUGUUACUUCAUGGUAACCUCUAGCUCCACCAGUCUCGGUAUACAUAUCACUGAUCUUGAUCUGACAAAGCCUCUAAUAAGAAGUUUUGUCUCCUGGAAGAGGAUUAGCAAUCGUACGUGAUAUGAUGUGACCGGCCCUGUGUUAAAGGGAUUGACAUGCACAGCACUCGACACGUGUAAGACUUAGCAUAUUCUGUCCAGCACAUUUUCUCUUUGUUCUUUAAAGCGGAACAAGCUCGGUUUUGUAGGUGCAACUGCCAUUUCAGAAGGAAAGGUUUGUCUGUCUGAGGAAUACAGAGCAGUUCUGGCCAGCCAAAAGAACCCCCUUUCAUUCAAAAUUAGUUUUUUUUUUUUUUUUUUUUUUUUAAAUCUCACAUAAGCUCUAGUUAUAACAUGCAACACAUUGUCUUGUUUUGUUCCAAUCUAACCUUGGUUUUUACAUAUGUUGGACUCAUGAGUGCAAAAAAAUCAGAGCUUCCUUGUUUAGCUCUAUGGGCUCUUUCUGUAUGUUGAUGACUUUACAGUGUUUAAAAGAAACGACUAAUCUUUUACCUUGAAUAUCUACUUUCAACAGUUUUCUUUUGCCGUAUAUACUUGUGCGUCACAUUAGUGUGGGAGAGAUAAUGGUAUGAAUAUUUCUGGACACGCUCUCCCGACACCACACACAAAAACUCACAUGCACGCCACUACUCUCCCGUAAUUGUGUUCAAAGCAGGUGUAUGCUAACAGGUUAUAUCGUACUCGGAGUAUUGAUCGCUCUGCAAUAGAAUGUAGCAUCAGUGAUUUACGCUGUGUGGGGAAAAAAAA